AUGGCAGGAUGGUCCUUUCAAGACCUUCUUAGCUUUCUUGUGCUUUUGCUGCUAUGUGCCAAACCUGGCCUGGGGAAAGUUACUAGGUGCAUAGAGAGGGAGAGACAAGCUCUCCUUCACUUUAAACAUGGCCUUGUGGAUGACCAUGGCCUUCUUUCUUCUUGGGGAGAUGAACAUGAUAACAGGGAUUGUUGCCAAUGGAGAGGAGUCCAGUGUAGUAACCAAUCAGGUCACAUCAUCAUCCUUCAUCUUCAAGCCUCUUGGUCUAAAAAUACUCAUCAAUACCAGUAUCUAAGAGGUAAGAUAAGUCCUUCGCUGCUUGAAUUGGAGCACUUGACUCAUUUGGAUCUUAGCCAUAAUAAUUUUGAAUGGAGGGACAUACCUCCAUUCCUUGGUUCCCUCAGCAGAAUGCAGAACCUCAAUCUCUCUUGUGCCCAUUUCGCUCGAACUAUUCCCACUCAAUUGGGAAAUCUUUCCAACUUGCUUUCCCUUGAUCUCAGCGAUAAUUAUUUGAAUUCUGGGAACCUUGAGUGGCUUUCUCGUCUUUCUUCUUUAAGACAUCUUGACCUGAGUUAUGUCAACCUUAGUGAAGCCAUCCACUGGUCACAAGCAAUUAAUGAACUCCCUUCUCUCAUUCACUUGAACUUACAAUAUUGUAAUCUCCCUCCCAUCCCUUCACUCACCAUUCCUUCUCUUUCCCAUGGGAAUUCCUCUGUCCCUCUUGUUUUCCUUUGUCUUUCUGAGAAUCAUUGGACCAUUUCUUCAAUAUACCCAUGGUUGUUCAACUUUAGUACCACCCUCCUUCAUCUUGAUUUCUCUAUGGGUGGUUUAAAUGGUUCGAUUCCAGAUGCUUUUGGAAACAUGAAUUCCCUUGAAUAUCUUGAUCUCUCUAGUAACACACUUGAUGGUGAGAUUCCGGAUGCAAUUGGAGACAUGGGUUCACUUGCAUAUCUUGACCUCUCUAACAAUCAACUGCGGGGCUCGAUUCCAGAUACAGUUGGGAAGAUGGUUUUACUUUCACAUCUUGAUUUUUCUUUCAAUCAACUGCAGGGCUCAAUUCCAGAUACAGUUGGGAAGAUGGCUUUACUUUCACAUCUUGAUCUCUCUCGCAAUCAACUACAGGGCUCAAUUCCAGAUACAAUUUGGAAUAUGGUUUUACUUUCACAUCUUGAUCUCUCUGACAAUCAACUACAGGGCUCAAUUCCAGAUACAGUUGGGAAGAUGGUUUUAAUUUCACAUCUUCAUCUCUCUCGCAAUCAACUACAGGGCUCAAUUCCAGAUACAUUCGGGAACAUGGUUUCUCUUGAAAAACUCUCUCUCUCUGAGAAUCAUCUUCAAGGUGAGAUUCCAAAAUCCUUGAGCAAUUUAUGUAACUUACAAGCAUUAGAGUUGGAUAGAAACAAUCUCUCUGGACAGCUUGCACCAGACUUUGUGGCAUGUGCAAAUGACACAUUAGAGACUUUGUCUUUAUCGGAUAACCAAUUAAGUGGGUUAGUUCCUACUCUCAUUGGAUUUUCAUCCUUGACAGAGUUACACCUGGAUUUGAAUCAACUAAAUGGAACUUUACCUGAAAGUAUUGGACAGACUUCAACUCUUGUUCUUGCCAUAUUAGCAUGGUUGAAUGCAAAUCGAUGUGUCCUUCAUUCUAUGAUUGAUUUUGGGAUGUGA